CCUAUCUAGCUUCCUCGGAUACAGAAAGUUUCUCAAGGACUCAACAGAACAAUAAUGGAUCUUAAGCUUGGUUUUUAUGUUCUCUCCCUAAAUAUCCUAAUUCAGCUGGUUGCUUAUGGAGCAGAAGCUAGGAAAAUGGUUGAAGGGAACCUGCAGGGCAAAAUAUUGAACUCUCCACUUGCUCAAAUUGGUGUAAAUGGAAAUUUGCAAAAUACAGACGACACUGAAAAUUACUUGAUAUACAACAACCAUGGAGAUAACAACCAUCAACAAGCCAAAACAGAGAACGCCCAAAUUGGUAUCACAUCAUAUGGUGAUCUGCGGAAUGAGGACGACACUCAAAAUUACUUGAUAUACAACAACAGAGGAGACAACAAUCAUCAACAAAACAAAACAGAGAAUGCCCAAAUUGGUAUCACAUCAUAUGGUGAUCUGCGGAAUGAGGACGACACUCAAAAUUACUUGAUAUACAACAACAGAGGAGACAACAAUCAUCAACAAGCCAAAACAGAGAAUGCCCAAAUUGGUAUCACAUCAUAUGGUGAUCUGCGGAAUGAGGACGACACUCAAAAUUACUUGAUAUACAACAACAGAGGAGACAACAAUCAUCAACAAAACAAAACAGAGAAUGCCCAAAUUGGUAUCACAUCAUAUGGUGAUCUGCGGAAUGAGGACGACACUCAAAAUUACUUGAUAUACAACAACAAAGGAGACAACAAUCAUCAACAAGUCAAAACAGAGAAUGCCCAAAUUGGUUAUCAUCAUAUGGUGAUCUGCGGAAUGAGGAUGACACUCAAAAUAACUUGAUAGACAA